AGAAUAUAUUUUAUAUUGCAGAUUAUCGUACAUAUUUUUUUGUUUUAAUUUGUUUUUAGAAAUAUUUCAUAAUCGUAUAUAAAAGUGAAUAUUUCUUAAAACAUAACCUAAAUAUGUGGCAUUUGAUAUAAGUAUAAUAAAAGUAACACAAAAAUCAGUGACCUCAUUAUCACGCAAUGGAGUAUUGUCAAUGUAGUGUUUUUUUAUGAUAGUUAUAUAAAUAUUUCCCAUCCACUUUUCCUGUAUAAUAUUUGCAACCUAUAUCAACGAUUUAAAAAUGGUAUUUCAUAUUGAGACUGAAAAGGAUUAUGAAUUUUUGUUAAAAAGUUUAAUUGCCGGUGGAGUAGCUGGAAUGUGUUCAAAAACAACAGUGGCUCCAUUAGAUAGGAUAAAAAUAUUGUUACAAGCACAUAAUAAAUAUUAUAAGCAUUUAGGAGUUCUUUCUGGAUUAAGAGAAGUUAUUCAACGUGAACGAUUUUUUGCUCUAUAUAAAGGAAAUUUUGCUCAAAUGAUUAGAAUUUUUCCAUAUGCUGCGACACAAUUCACUACAUUUGAAUUAUACAAAAAGUAUUUAGGAGGUUUAUUUGGAAAACAUACACAUAUAGAUAAAUUUCUGGCUGGAUCUGCAGCUGGUGUUACUGCAGUUACAUUAACAUAUCCACUUGACAUCAUUAGAGCCAGACUUGCUUUUCAAGUUGCUGGAGAACAUAUAUAUAUAGGGAUUAUACAUGCGGGUAUUACAAUUUUUAAAAAUGAAGGUGGUAUUCGAGCAUUAUACAGAGGAUUUUGGCCAACUAUUUUUGGCAUGAUUCCAUAUGCAGGAUUUUCAUUUUAUUCAUUUGAGAAACUAAAAUAUUUUUGCAUGAAAUAUGCAUCAAAUUAUUUUUGCGAAAAUUGUGAUAGAAAUACUGGUGGUUUAGUUUUAACUAUACCAGCAAGAUUAUUAUGUGGAGGUAUUGCAGGUGCUGUUGCUCAAAGUUUUUCUUAUCCAUUAGAUGUGACUAGAAGGCAUAUGCAAUUAGGUAUGAUGCAUCAUGCUAAUCACAAAUAUAGUUCUAGCAUGUUACAGACUAUAAAAAUGAUAUACAAAGAAAAUGGUAUUAUAAAAGGUCUAUAUCGUGGAAUGAGCAUUAAUUAUUUACGAGCAAUUCCUAUGGUAUCAGUUAGUUUUACAACAUAUGAGAUUAUGAAACAAAUACUGCAAUUAGACACAGGAAUAAAAUUGUAAUUUAUUAAACAAAAAUAUAUAUAUAUAUUAUGUUCCAUUUUUA